GGGAUGCUGAGCAGGAAACAGAAUGUGUUUGACGACUUCGUGUCGGCGGCCGAGUUCCUGAUCGCGGAGAAAUACACGCGGCCGGACAAACUCAUCAUCCAGGGCGCGUCCAACGGCGGCCUGCUCGUGGCGGCGUGCGUGAACCAGCGUCCCGAGCUGUUUGGCUGUGCGCUGGCCGAAGUGGGUGUGAUGGACAUGCUCAAGUUCCACACCUUCACCAUCGGGCACGCCUGGACCACCGAGUACGGCAGCGCCGACGACCGCGAGCAGUUCCAGUGGCUCAUCAAGUACUCCCCGCUCCACAACGUGCGAGCGACUGCGCGCUACCCGGCCAUGCUGCUGCUCACGGCCGACCACGACGACCGCGUGUCCCCCCUGCACUCGCUCAAGCUGCUCGCGACGCUGCAGGCCGCCGCCGCCACCGCCGACGACGCCGCCGACGCCGCCGGUGGCGGCGGCGUUGCCGGGCGUGCGCCGCAGCCCAUCCUGCUGCGGUGCGACACCAAGGCCGGCCACGGCUCGGGGAAGCCCACGGCCAAAGUGAUCGCGGAGGCGGCCGACGCGUUCUCGUUUGCGGCGCGGGCGCUCGGCCUGAGCUGGCGCGAGUGACGGUGCCGGCGGUGACGGCGGUGACGGUGGGAGAGGAACGGAGAGGAGGGGGAGGGGGUAGAGAGAGAGGUGGGAAGUUCCCCCUGUGCAUGCCCACGGCCGCUGCGUUCCCCUCCGUAGGUGUUGGGGAGAGGGGUUGAUGGGACAGUGGUGCUGUCGGGGACGCGUGGGGGACCACAAACUCGUGACCGAACCACAGUCCCAGACCCCCCCCUGCCCCCCCCGCACCUCCCUACCCCUCCCCCGGCCCCCCACCCAGUCGCAGCCAAUUCCGUUUGCGAAACCAGUGCCCCACUCGGCGUGGCAGCUCCCGCCGUGCGUCAUACCGUGCGUCAUACUGUGUCACACUGCGUGUCACAACUGUGUCACCGUGUGUCACACCGUGUGUCACAUUGCGCGUCACACUGCGUGUCACACUGCGUGUCACACCGCGUGUCACACCGUGUGUCACACCGUGUGUCAAACUGCGUGUCACACCGCGUGUCACACCGUGUGUCACACCAUGUGUCACACCACGUGUGUCACACCGCGUGUCACACCGCGUGUCACACCGCGUGUGUCACACCGCGUGUCACACUGCGCAUCACACCGUGUGUCACACUGCGUGUUACACUGCGUGUCACACUGCGUGUCACAACUGUGUCAUAACUGUGUCACUGCAUCACACCACGUGUCACACCGUGCGUCACACCGUGCGUCACACCGUGCGUCACACUGCGCGUCACACUGCGUGUCACACUGCGUGUCACACCGUGUGUCACACUGUCAUAACUGUGUCACUGUGCAUCACACCACGUGUCACACCGUGUGUCACACCGUGCGUCACACCGUGCGUCACACCGUGCGUCACACCGUGCGUCACACCGUGCGUCACACCGUGCGUCACACCGUGCGUCACACCGUGCGUCACACCGUGCGUCACACCGUGCGUCACACCGUGCGUCACACCGUGCGUCACACCGCGCGUCACACCGCGCGUCACACCGCGCGUGGACGUGGGGGGAGGAGGGUUAUGAUUCUCUGGGGAGGCCUGUGACCCCUUGGCCCAGUGGUCCCGUGUUUCAGUGGCCCCAGCGGCCCCGUGACCCCAGCGGCCCCGUGACCCCGCGGCCCCGUGACCCCAGCGGUCCUGUGACCCCGCGGCCCCGUGACCCCAGCGGCCCCGUGACCCCAGCGGCUCCGCGUCUUUGCGGCCGCGUGACCCGGCGCCGAGCGCGAUCGGCUCCCGCGUUGACCGAUGCCCAAAUCAGUUUUGCCAAUUUUACCGUGAAAACGGGGACGGUGGCCGCGGCGGGGGAUGGGGGUGGAGUUGUCGUGUCGUCGCUGUCAAUUUAUCGAACAAAAUUGAGUUUACUACUUCAACUAAUAAUAAUAAUGUCAUCGUAACACUU